UAGCACAGAGGAGCCAGCAUAGCCACCACUUCUGACAGCCUGUCCCUGACUACUGGAGCCAACUGACUGGAGAGAGGAGAAGAGCCCACGCUGCACAGUCGCAAUGACGCCCACUUGGUGGCUGCUACUUUUAGGAGCUGCUUUGCCGCAUAUGGCGGUGGCGCAGGAGCAGCCUUUGCCUGAUGAUGAGGACUCAUUGGCAGAUGAAGGUGGAGAUCCUAGCAGUACACUGAAGAGAGCACAGGGGGCGCUAAUCCGCAGUAUUCUCCGGAGGAUUGAAGAGGAACAGGCUGAGAAAGACUCCGACUCUCCCGCCCUGGACUGGAUCUCCAAACGCCAACACCCAGGGAAAAGGCUCCUCGAGGAGGUCGAGAAGAGGCAACACCCAGGCAAACGAGAGGAAGGGGACUGGUAUCUGGAGCUGCCCAAGAGACAACAUCCCGGAAGGAGGUCCCCCUUUGGAGACCAGCUGCUCGACAACUCAAACCCUCCUUUGGGCCUCAUGACUGACGUCUCCAAGAGGCAGCACCCCGGCAAACGCGGACUGGCCUACGCCAAGCGCCAACAUCCAGGCAAGAGGGGUUGGGAUGAGGAGGAAGAUAUGGAUUUUGGAGACUUCCAAGAGGUUGACAAACGCCAACACCCAGGUAAGAGGUACCUAGAGCCCGAGAACUUUGACUAUGUGCCACCAUGUGAAGGACCAGACCCGUUCAACUGCAGCAAAGGAAGCCUUUUGUUGGAGCUUCUAGAUAACGUCAACAGGGGCCGACAGGAGGAAAAGCGGCAGCAUCCCGGACGGAGGUCAACUUGGGAAGCAGAGGUCCCCGUAGCUCAGGAAUGACUUCCCCUCCAGUCCUCCGAAACCGUCAAAGAACACACCUCUAACGACCCCCCCCUUCACUACA